AUGCUUAUAUCAGACGGCAUCAAUCACGUUAAAUUACAAUCGAUAAUCGUCGGGGAAUUGAAAAAAGCAGGUUUGAAACAUCGGCUGAAAAAAAUAAUCUUGAAAAGCGUUAAAGAUCAUAAGACAGUAUUUGGAGCACCAUUGGCUAAAGUGCCAUCAUGUAGUGUUAUUUGUUGUGGAAGUACCUUGAGCGUUCCUAUGGUUGUUACUGAAAUGUCAACUAUUCUCAGAGCAAAUGCCCACAUCGAAGGUUUAUUCCGUAAAGCUGGUUCUCAGAACCGCCAAAAAGAUAUUAAGCGGUUAUUAGAUGCUGGUGGUUGUGUAUCAGAUGGACACCACCCAGUCGACGUUGCAAGUGUGCUUAAGUUAUACCUCAGAUGUUUACCUGAACCCUUGAUCAGUGCAGAGGUACAAGAUCUCCUUUUGAGAUGUAGACUUUCUGCUGGUGAGGAUGCACUCAAACCAAUACUUCAUACGCUGCUGCUUUUACCAGUAUUACAUGUUCAUCUUCUUCAUUAUAUCAUGGAGUUACUCAAUUUCAUCGCAGCAAGACAUAAAGACAAUCUUAUGGAUUCAUCUAACUUAGCUAUAGUAAUGGCUCCAAGUAUCAUGCCGCUGCCGGCUGCUGCGUCAGCUCAAAGAUUGGAGCACCAUGUUGCACUUGUUAAGAUAUUCAUCGAAAACUCGCACCAUAUAGGAUUAUUAACAGAAGAUCUCAUGACACAAUUAGACGACGAUUCUGAUGUUUAUCUUGCAAGGAGAAAAAAACGCCGAAGUGGGUCACUUAAUCGAGUCUUAAGUGGCCUACGCAAAAUGGUCUCUGGAACUGUUAACACACCAGCGACCGUGAGAGAACAUACCAAAACACCUGUGCUUAGCAAAUCGGCUGCCAAAAGGAAAUUUGACAGUUAUGAGGGACUUUCUGCGAAAACUAAGAAAGACAUAGCUCAAGGAUUACCACAAAAAGAACUGUCCUUCACGCCGCUGAAAAUGGACUUGACGGAGCGUAAAAGACUGAGACUUAGCAUGAUGGACGCAAGAAGUACACCUAUAAUCAAUUCCGAUUACAGUUCACAUAAAAACUCUGAAACCAGCGUUAGCAGUGAAGAUUUAUUGACUUCUUCCGAACAUUUGUUCAGUGCUCAUGACACAAUCGACUUAUCACCUGACAUGAGACAAGGGAAUAAGGAUUAUGUUAGGAUAUCUAAACAAGAGUACGAAGAAAUCAAGAGCAGAGUGUCUGCUAUUGAGAAUAGACUAUCUAGGGAAUUUACCGAAGUUAUACCGAGAGUGCAACCUUUGCAGCAAGUCCAAAAUGUUUAUGAACAAACAUUGGAAGAAGUUGCAAUGUUAAACUGCCCUAACUCUGAUCACUUAGCAAGGCGUUUGAGCAAGGAACUUAAAAUUAGACCAAACGAAGAAGCAAAGAUCAUUCGGUCACCGAGCGCUAGGAAAAUAGGCUCCAUACGUCGACGGUCGAAAGAAAAUAUAGUAAAAAUAGUUAGGCACAAAUCUUGGAAUGCAUCAUCACAUACUCAAUCCAGCCGGAACGCAGAUAGAUUCUACCCGUAUAUUGGGUUAUCGCGUCGAAACAGAAUGAAUACUGCGAAAGCCGACUUAGCAACAAAGACUUCCACACCAAAUGACUGGGAUGCUUCCGGAUCAGGGGAUUCUUUAAAUGUUUCAAUUGCUAAUAAAAAAUAUCAGCUGCGCAAAAGAGUCAGUCUUGCUUCAGAUAAUAAUUUAGAGAAAACCAUUGGCAAACAUCAACCGCGAAGAUCUUUAAAUUUGACUGUAGAUAACAGUUGGGAUACAAACUCGGAGACGUCUAUGAGUAAUACGGUGAAUUCUAGUACAAAAUCAUGUAAAUCUGGUAAUUCAAGGUUAUAUCAAAAUUUGGACAGCCAUAAUUGGAAUAAGACACGUAAACAGAGUCCGCAGAAAUGGUUAAGUGCUGCUGCUUUUUUUAUGGAUAAAACAGGAGAGUUGGAUAAUACUAGUCAAAGUGGCAGACCGUCAGUUAACAAACUGCGUCGCCAAAAUGCUGGCGCCGUUCUAGCGAAAACAAAGUUGUUUGAAUCCAGCUCCGACAAAUCAUCAGAGAGACAUAACAAAAAUGCUCAUUCUGGAUUUGCUAGGAAACCAAGAUUGAAUACGCAAGUCAAACCUGUGAAACUUGUAGCUCAUGUCAAACCCAAAAUUCAGCACUCAGUUUUACAUGAUUCAACCCCCAAUAUUCCUGCAAGGAUUCAAAGAGUGGCUGAUACUGCUCCAAUAUUGCCAAAUAGGACGCAAAGACCACUAAACGAUAAUACCAAAGAAGACUCCGAAUCUUGGAGACUGCAUAGGAAAAUUACACCAACGAAAAAGGUAGCACAACCACAAACAUCGAACUUAAUGAAAACUCCUCAGGCGCCAGUAUUAAAAAAACCAUUGUGCACUCCAAGGAAUAUACGUACUCCGUCAGCGAUAAUCGAUUCAAGAAAAGUAAAUACUCCUAUGAAGGCUAUACACAUAUCGCCAAGAAGACGAUCGCCAAGGCAAAAACGUCUGUAA